AACACGGAGGAAGGACCUGAGGAGAGUAUUAAAGCCACUGAAGCUUUCAGUUUCCCGAGUCUCUCUCUCCUCUGCUCACCUUAUCAUGGCUUCAACGACCUGCACCAGGUUCACCGAUGAGUACCAGCUGUACGAGGAGCUGGGAAAAGGAGCGUUCUCUGUGGUGAGGAGGUGCAUGAAGAUUUCCACAGGGCAGGAAUACGCCGCCAAAAUAAUCAAUACCAAGAAGCUUUCUGCCAGGGAUCACCAGAAACUGGAGCGAGAGGCCAGGAUCUGCCGCCUGCUCAAGCAUCCCAACAUCGUGCGGCUCCAUGACAGCAUAUCAGAGGAAGGAUUUCACUAUCUGGUCUUUGAUUUAGUAACUGGCGGUGAGUUGUUUGAGGACAUUGUUGCCAGGGAGUACUACAGCGAAGCCGAUGCCAGUCAUUGCAUUCAGCAGAUCCUAGAGGCUGUGCUCCACUGCCACCAGAUGGGUGUGGUCCACCGCGACCUCAAGCCGGAGAAUUUGCUCCUAGCCAGCAAGUUGAAGGGAGCAGCGGUUAAACUGGCAGAUUUCGGCCUGGCCAUUGAAGUGCAGGGAGACCAGCAGGCAUGGUUUGGUUUUGCCGGAACACCAGGGUACCUGUCUCCAGAAGUGUUGAGGAAAGAUCCUUACGGGAAGCCAGUGGACAUGUGGGCCUGUGGUGUGAUCCUCUACAUCCUGCUGGUGGGAUAUCCUCCAUUCUGGGAUGAGGACCAGCACAGACUCUACCAACAGAUUAAAGCCGGGGCUUACGAUUUCCCAUCUCCAGAGUGGGACACGGUGACCCCAGAGGCCAAAGACCUGAUCAACAAGAUGCUGACCAUUAAUCCAGCCAAGAGAGUGACCGCCACAGACGCACUCAAACACCCCUGGAUCUGCCAACGCUCCACUGUGGCGUCCAUGAUGCACAGACAGGAGACUGUGGAGUGCCUGAAGAAAUUCAACGCUAGAAGGAAACUCAAGGGUGCUAUCCUGACCACAAUGCUCGCCACGCGCAACUUCUCAGCCAAGAGCCUGCUGAACAAAAAAACGGACGGUGUCAAAGAGUCCAGCGAGAGUGCCAACACUACCAUUGAGGACGAGGAUGUGAGAGCUCGUAAGCAGGAGAUCAUCAAAGUGACGGAGCAGCUGAUCGAGGCCAUCAACAACGGAGACUUUGAGGCCUACACGAAGAUCUGUGAUCCUGGCCUCACAUCCUUUGAGCCCGAGGCUUUGGGCAACUUGGUGGAGGGCACCGACUUCCACCGCUUCUACUUUGAGAAUGCUCUGUCCAAGGGGAAGCAGCCCAUCCACACCAUCCUGCUCAACCCCCACGUGCACCUGAUUGGGGACGAGGCCGCCUGCAUCGCCUACAUCCGCCUCACCCAGUACAUCGACAGCAACGGCCUGCCUCGCACCAUGCAGUCAGAGGAGACCCGCAUCUGGCACCGCCGUGACAGCAAGUGGCAGAACAUCCACUUCCACCGCUCCGGCUCGCCCACCGUGCCCACCAAUUGAGAGGACGACCUCCGCCUCACCUGAAACACCCUCCAGCCUACAGCUGUCAGCUGACCAGACCCCACCCCCAAACCAAGUGUCCAUAAGAAUCCCCUUCAGCCAAUCCCCCGCCCCCCCACCCCCCACAAUAGCUAGAGCUCGGCCCUCCUCUCAGUGUGUUGUUUACAUAUUGUCGCUGCUGGACUGAAUUACUGUACAUGUAAACAGAAACAAAACAAAAAAUGAGGGAGAAAAGUUCCAAGUCUUGAUAAUAUCAUUUUUGUAGUGAGAGUGGUGACAUCAUCAACAUCUGCAGCAUGUUAAUUACUGAUUUGUUGUUGUUUUUUUUUUAAAGAUCCAGUUUUAAAUAGGAGCUGUUCUCAGAUGGAGGAACCAGUCCUUCCAGUUAAUUAACUUUUAAUGGGCUGGUAACAUAUGUGAAACCUUCCAGUCAUCAUGUAGUGACACUUUUUUUUUCAUUUUUUAAUAUUGCACAUAUUGAGAGCUUAUUGUGACAUUUCUGCCUUUUGGGCACGAUGACCAAUAUAUCACAUAUCGGCUUUUUACUCAUGUAUCUUUUCAGACUGGCCAUAGAUUUAAAAAAGAAAAAAAAAGCUCAGACACAGGCUUGCUUUAGUUUUGGUGGCGUAGGUUUUUUUGGUAAUCGGUGUAACCUGCUCUCUUUGCUUCAGUCUUCAGCAGCAUCACGUUGGCUCAUCUUACAAUUCUCUUGGCAUUAAAUAUGUUUACUAGGAAUUUUAACUACAUGUUUAAAAGGGAAGAUUUAAACAUAAUGUGUGUGUGUGUGUGUGUGGAUCAUCAUCACAGAGCAACACAUGAGAAGAUAGAAUGUAAACUAUAGAGACUAACAGGCCAUUUAUUCAAGCUAAUCAUAUUUUCAUACAGUUAGGAGCUGAUUAUGUCCUUUUUAUUUUAUUUUUAUAUUGUGAUAUUGAUGCAGUAGCUCGUCCCUCCACCUCUCAUGACUGCCUACCUAUUAACCUCUCACUGAGUCUUUUAGUGACUCCCUCCUUCUAUUCUGUUAGACAGCACCAUGUUUUACACUGGAGUAGACUAAUGAUGUUAAAACUGAUGCUCAACUAUUUGUUCCUGGAAGUAACAUCUGUUCAUGAUUCUGAUUGGACGGUACCACAAUUUAUUUUCCAACCACAGUUAAAUCACUAUCACCUGCAGCUGUGUCUAUUAAUACUAUUUUUUACAAAUUUCUAUAGAAAAACAGAAUUCUGGAAUGAAAUCACGUUUAAAAGAUAAAGUCACAGGAGGUCACAUGUUGUUUUUUUAAAGAAUGGUGAGAUGUUUGAUUCUUUUCUUGCUUGUUGGUAUAUUUAGUGAUGCUGUCACUGAGCUGUUCAGAAAAGCGUUUAAUCACAGUCGUUCACAAUCAUCACAUUUUGUUUUUCUCUUCAUAAGAAGCUCUGAAGUUUCCCCUGAUGGGACUCUGGUAUAUAAUGUUAUCAUGAUGGGACAAGUCUGAUGUAUGUUUAAAGAAAUAUCAAAUAAAAUGUGUGAUUUAUGCCAAAUGA